CACACACACACACACACACACACACACACACACACACACACACACACACACACACACACACACACACACACACACACACACACACACACACACACACACACACACGGUUGAGAGAGUGGUGGAAUUUUCACUUUCCCACACAUACUCUACCACAUACACCCAGCUAUCCACCUGCUGCUCAGAGAUGGAAUCAUUGUUUACUGAGUAAUACACACUUCAUUGAGCAUGUGGCCGGUCCUCUGGUCUUUAGUCCCAUCCGAGCUCCCCCAUUGGCUGCAGACUGUGAGAACCUCCAGCGAACCCAGGACUCACACAUUCAUAUGGAGAUUAGAGAGUAUAAAUAGAGGAGGGAGUGAGAGAGAGCUAAGCACAGCUCAGAUCUUCUCCUCACAGAAAGCUAACAGAAGAAACACAGCUAUGGCUCCUACAAUCACUGCAUCAAUGAUCAACUCCAACCACCUUCUUCCACUUACUAAUAAGCUGAGAAAGCCAAUAGUGGAGAAGAUGCGAAGAGAACGCAUCAACAGCGGCAUUGAGAAGCUCAAGUCUCUGCUGGGUGGAGAAUUCCUAAAGCAACAGCCUGAUUCCAGACAGGAGAAAGCCGACAUCCUGGAGAUGACCGUUUAUUUCCUGAGACAGCAGCAGCAGUCGCACAAGAAGUCGAGCUGCUCCACUGAAGUUGAUGAAGGCUACAGCAGAUGUGUGCAGGAGGCCAUCAACUUCCUGUCUCAGUGUCAAGUACACACUCAGUCCCAGAAAAGAGUGCUGACCCACUUCCUGACCACGCAGCCUUCCAUGGAGAAGAGCAGAAGUGUCGUUCCUCAGCUCAGCUCUCCAUCCUGCCAGAUCAGCAGCAAAGAGGAGACUCCAGGCUGCAGUGACGUCUGGAGACCCUGGUAG